GGGGCGGGACUCUGGCUACAGCCGCGGGAGGUCCGGACACUGGCGGCCAUGGGACUUGCCGGUAACAGAGGACACAUUUCUUAAUUGGCUUGCUCUAAGAACUGAUGCCUAAACCAUCUCAGCAUGGCCUUUAGAGAAGGAGGUGGACAUGACUUGCCUCACUCAUCCACACCCCCCACACUUAGCCCUGAAAGCCUUUCCUCCCAUAGUACCCGUAAACAUAGUAUAUGCAUGGUGUCUGACUUUUUUUACCCAAAUAUGGGAGGCGUGGAAAGCCACAUUUACCAGCUCUCUCAGUGCCUAAUUGAAAGAGGGCACAAGGUCAUAAUUGUUACCCAUGCUUAUGGAGAUCGCAAAGGCAUCCGUUACCUCACUAAUGGCCUCAAAGUUUAUUACUUGCCUCUGAAAGUCAUGUACAACCAAUCUACAGCCACGACCCUCUUUCACAGUCUGCCAUUGCUCAGGUACAUUUUUGUUCGGGAGAGAAUUACAAUAAUCCAUUCCCAUAGUUCUUUUUCUGCCAUGGCCCACGAUGCUCUCUUCCACGCCAAGACAAUGGGGCUACAGACAGUCUUUACGGAUCAUUCCCUUUUUGGAUUUGCUGAUGUCAGCUCGGUGCUUACAAACAAGCUUCUAACUGUGUCUCUUUGUGACACAAACCACAUCAUUUGUGUCUCUUACACUAGUAAGGAAAAUACUGUACUAAGAGCAGCACUGAAUCCUGAAAUCGUGUCCGUCAUUCCUAAUGCUGUAGAUCCUACUGACUUCACUCCAGACCCAUUUAGGAGGCAUAGUAGUAUAAUAACUAUUGUUGUUGUCAGCAGACUUGUUUACAGAAAAGGGACCGAUUUGCUUAGUGGCAUAAUACCUGAACUCUGUCAGAAAUAUCCAGAUUUAAAUUUCAUAAUUGGAGGAGAGGGACCAAAGAGAAUCAUUCUGGAAGAAGUACGGGAAAGAUACCAGCUGCAUGACAGGGUACGUCUUUUGGGAGCUUUAGAGCACAAGGAUGUUAGAAACGUCUUAGUUCAAGGACACAUUUUUCUUAAUACCUCCCUUACUGAAGCAUUCUGCAUGGCGAUUGUGGAAGCAGCCAGUUGUGGUUUACAGGUCGUAAGUACCAAGGUUGGUGGAAUUCCUGAGGUGCUCCCAGAAAAUCUUAUUAUUUUAUGUGAGCCUUCAGUCAAAUCUCUGUGUGAAGGGUUGGAAAAAGCUAUUUUCCAGCUGAAGUCAGGCACAUUGCUGUCUCCAGAACAGAUCCAUAACAUAGUGAAGACUUUCUACACCUGGAGGAAUGUUGCUGAGAGAACGGAAAAAGUAUAUGAGAGGGUGGCAGGAGAAGCUGUGUUUCCAAUGGACAAGCGACUGGGCAGGCUCAUCACCCACUGCGGCCCAGUAACAGGCUACAUUUUUGCAUUGCUGGCUGUAUUCAACUAUCUCUUCCUCAUUGUCCUGAGAUGGAUAACUCCGGAUUCUAUCAUUGAUGUUGCAGUAAAUGCCACUGGGCCAGGGGGAGCAUGGACUCAUCAGUUUCCUCUCAGUAAAAAAGGGAGUGAGAGAGAGAAGGAGUCUAAAACCAGGUAGAAGACAGCCUGGCUCUUACAGUUGUACACAUUUGUAAUACUUCUAUUAAGAUGGUUGAAAAUAACCUUGUUUUUGUUUGUUUGUUUAUCCGUUUUACACUUAAUUUUGUCAGUUAUGCUACCUCUAUAUCACUCAAUGUUUUAUUUUGAGGAAAGAUAAAACCAUAUGCAAUUCCUGAGUGUUGAAACUCCUUGCACUUCUUUAGAAUUUAGGAGAAACUAGUUAAGCCACUCAGGUAUGACAAAUUUCAGAGUACUGAAAUCCCUCUAGCAGAGAUGUUUUAACCUUCUAUUUUGGGAGCUUUGGGUGCUGAAGGGCCAAACGUUUCUGGGCAUUUUUUGGCCAGUUUUUUAAUGUUCUACCAUUAAUUAUAGACAUUUACCAGAUGUUUACAAGUUUUCUUUAGAGAGGUACAACAAUUAUGUGAACUACUUUUUAAAGUCAUGUUCAUAUACAUUAAUUAGACAUUUUGAUUAUGCUCCUAAACAUUUAUUGGGGCCACUCAGUAAGUGUUACAUCCAACUGGUAGGUUUCUUGAGUAAGGUGGUGUGUAUUAAGCACCUGCUUUGUGUAAUAUGUUGAGCUAGAUAGUUCCUGCCAUGAAGGACCAGGGAUGCAUUUGUUCUUUAUUAUUGGAAUGGCUUACUUCAUUGUAGUCACAGUUGACACGAAAUGGUAAAAUACCCAACAUGCCAAAAAUGUUCAUGCUUGAAAUGCCAGGAGUACUCCUUUGAUCCUGUUGUAUCCUUUCUCCUAAAUAGAGCUUUUGUCUUUAGUGGUAUUUCUGAAGAGAAUUUUGUUUUGUAAAUUUUAGGGACCGAUAUCACUGUUGAUAGUGCAGGAAAUUCCUGCACCUGUUUCAGUGCGUAAUUUAGGCCUUUUAAACUGCCUUCGUGUUUUCUGAACAGAAUGUACGAGGUGUGCCAUCUCAAAACCAGCUGCUACCCCGUCCUUUUGAUAUCUGUCACUACCCUCCACUGUGGCCUAGCUGAUGUCUGCUAAGUAUUGUCAGUGUGCAAAAAAAAAAAAAAAAGACGUUACUCUAGAAUGCUUCAUUUAUAGUGAACUGAGUGUGAAAAUGUUAGGAACACAGUCUCUGUGGGUGGAUAUUUGUUAUGGUGUUUCCCAGAGCCAUGGGUUUUUGAACCCCAGGUUAUCUACAUGGUGUGUAUUAGUAAUCUUUUCAAAUCUAGAAUAAUUUUUUGAGCAGAAGACUGUGAAGGCACCGGGAGGCACCCUUGGGUGCACUAGAUUGAUUCUGUCAGUAUUAUGAUUCUCUACAAGAUUUUUUCUAAAUAGCAGCAUUCACAAAGCUUUUGACUUUUUCAAAAGUAUCUUAACAUACCUAUUCCCUGGUUGCCACUGAUAGGAAAGAGAUGCAUUUGUGUUUUGUUUAUAUGAAAACACAAAUGCAGUAGUGCAACUUUUAGGGAUUCUUUUGCUGCAGAAAAAUGGACUGAUAAGAAACCAUUCAGUCCCAUUAGAAUUUUUAUGUAUUGAGACUAACAUUCAAAUAGUGACAUAAACAGUGCCAAUAUUCAUGGUAGGGUGAGAAAUGGUUAACAUUUGGUUUUAUUUAUUCUAUUUAGCAGUUUUUAGAAGCACACUGUUUAUCUUCUCUCUUGUUAACUUUUUCCAAAUUGUCGUUUAAUUCUUUAACAGUGUCAUUUAUUUAAGGUGAAAAUUAAUUGUGUUUGCAUGUAAGAUGUGUGAUUUACACAUUAAAAUUAUUUUUCUUAGAACAAAUGGUGGAAGUCUUACAGAGAUAUUUUUCAGGCUUCCUGGAUACCUUAGAUGUAACUGUCAGUGUUGCACUGGUCAGUAUGUGGAAACACAUUGUUCUACACUUGUACUUAAUGUUUAUUUAAGUGAACUGAACAUUGAUGAGGGGUUUAUUAAAAAUAUAUUGUAUUUCUUUUGAUGAUACAAACAGUUGUACAUAUACAAAAUUGGUUUGUUGAAACUUGCUUCAUGACCAGAAAUAAAGAUGAGAAUGACAUUUUGACA